CCAUAGUUCCAUGCUCAUUUCAUAACAAGAUGGCGGCGCCCUUAGCUCUCCGUGUUGUGAAACAGUUCCUCUUUUUGAAGCCUGUGAACUCUUUUUUGUUAGCCAAGAACAGCAUUGAAAGGCGAUCAAGGGAUGGUUGGCAUUGCCUUAGGAGCUUACCACUGGUCACAGAACACUUAGCACAUUUACAGCACCGACUGUACUCCCAGUCACCUCCAAACAGUGGGAAGCCACCCCUUAAGAAGCCCUACACUCCCGUUGGCAAGCACGACAGCCCAUCAGAGAAGCACCGUGAUGCCGAGAAGGAACCUCUGGAAGCCUUCCCUGAUGAUAUCAACCCUGUCACAGGAGAGAGAGGUGGCCCAAGAGGCCCUGAGCCCACCAGAUACGGGGACUGGGAGCGGAAGGGACGAUGCAUAGAUUUUUGAAGGGAUCGCAUUGAUCCUUGACUGUGUAAACUCUCGAUAAGCGUGGCUGUAAGAAAAUGUUGUACAUGUUCAUAUAACUCUGCCAAUUCAUUGCACAGACCGAGUGGAAACCUUUACGUGUCUGUACUCGUUUGUAACAUGAUGCAAGACUAUAUUUCUGGCUGGAUCGAGUAUAUGUUCUCACUUAGCCAUUAGUCAUACUUCUGCCCUUCAUUUGCUCAGGAGUCAAGAGUAUAAAUGUGGUGAUUGGCUUGAAUUCAGCCCAGAAUCAAAUUUGCUGAUUCCACAUUGCAUGUUUCUUAUGUACUUGUCACAUGAAUAAUUACUGCUUUCUUUUUUAAAGGCAACAGCCAAAUUCUUACAUAUCCAUUUAGGUUGGUGUAACACCAGAGUGAAAGCUCUGAACUGUGUCAAAAUAAAGUUGAAUAAAAUCAGGCCAACAUUGCUUGUAAACUCUCUGACCAACAAGAUUCUCCUCACUUGCCAAUCGGCAAAGAUGCAGUCCUAAACACUGUCAGCAGAUCAUGUGAAAUGAGGUUGCAAGUCAAAAUUUUAAAAGAGGAUUUCUUCCAGCCCCCAGUGAAAUGCCACAGGCUUUCAAAGUUGUUUAUUUUGACCAAUUGCGCUUUAGAGUCCUCCAUGAUUCGUCAGAUGGACUUGAUAAUUAAUGUUAGAUGGAGUGCGGGUUGAGUGUUGUUUUAUUUCAAAAGGUUUGCCCAAGGUGUUUAUCGUAUCUUUUAAAUGUAGGAUUACAUGCACAUUUUGUCCAUUACCCCAUUUGAAAUUACCCCGCAGUGUGUGAUGACCCCAAAAUAUUUAAGAACACCGUAAAAAUUGGAUGCAGAUGCCGAAUGUAGCAGCGAAAUGAUUUGUAAGUGGGCAAAAUGUCAUUAAUAAACAUUUAUAUUUUAAGUAAAGUAUUGUGUACACAGUACAUGUAUGUUUGCGUAUUCCAAACUCUCCCCACCGUCUCCACCAUCAUUUAUAAAGACCGUUGGGCAAUUGGCAAUCCUUGUUCAAUAGGUCAGAAUGGUAUUCCAUUAUUAUUUUUCAGAAGCAGAGUAUUUACAUGUAUGAAAGAGUUAGUGGUAGCAGUACAUUUAAUAAACUAUCCGUUCAAGAUGUGUUUAUGAA